AUGGGAAGAUUAUCGUAUAUUCGGCGCUUUAUCCCAGGUCUUGCUGCCACCAUGAGUGCUUUUACUCCAUUGCUCAAGAAAGGCAAGCCGUAUGAAUGGAGUGAGAAGUGCCAAGAAGCUUACAAAAAGGUGCAACAAAUAAUCACCAAGCUGCCCACUAUGAAAGCACCUAUUCCGGGGCUCCCUCUCAAGCUUUAUUUGGCUGCAACAAACACAGCGGUUGGUGCCUUACUUGCUCAAGAUGAUCACAGUGGGGAAGAAAGUCCUAUUUAUUACGUAAGUAGGCAACUAAGGGGAUCUGAAGUAAGAUAUCCAAAAACUGAACUCUUGUGCCUUGCUCUUGUUUAUGCUGCACAGCGCUUGCGGCAUUACUUCCUUGCUCACAAGCUACAUCUCAUGGUGAAGUCCGAUCCCGUAAGAUAUUUGCUUACAAGGCCGGUAUUAUCCGGACGCCUUGCACGUUGGUUGCUACAACUGUCCGAGUUUGAUAUCACCUGCACCACCCCAAAAGCUAUUAAAGGGCAGGCCGUGAUUGACAUGUUGGCUCUAUUUCCCGAAGUUGAAGAAUCAACAAUCUCUAAGGAAGUUCUGGGGAGCUGCCGGAAAUGGUUGCUGUUGUCACAGAGGCAGAACCAUGGACCCUCUACUUCGAUGGGUCUUCUACAUCGAAGGGUGGAGGGGCAGGUGUGGUGCUUGUCAAUCCCGAGGGGCAAGCCACGGCCCUCUCGUUUAAGCUAA